CUUUCUCUUUGCUUCGUUUCAAUGGCAGUUUGUCAAACUUCAAAGCCAUCCUAUCCUCUCCACUCCAACAGAUCAUGCCACCGCACUUUGUCGAAUCCACUUUCAUGUCCAUCUCUCAAAAGGGUUUUCGUGGAAACUGAAAAUAACGCCAUAGAUGAUGACGACCUCUGGUUCAGAAUUCGAGAGGAAGCUCAAUCAGAUAUCAAACAGGAGCCCAUUUUGUUCAACUACUAUUGUUCUUCAAUUCUAUCACACGUUUCAUUAGAAUCCGCUCUCGCAAACCACCUGGCAAUGAAGCUGAGCCAUCCCACUCUUCCCAUUGACACUCUUUCACAAAUUUUCAUCACCAUUGUGGGUGAUGAUCAUGGCAUCCAGACGGCUAUCAGAGAUGACCUGAGGGCUGCGAGAGAACGUGACCCCUCUUGCAUAAGUAACGUACAAUGUUUGCUACAUUUCAAGGGCUUUUUAGCCUGCCAAGCUCAUAGAAUUGCAUAUAAACUUUGGUCACAAGGUAGGUCUAGUAUGGCACUACUAAUCCAAAGUAGGGUUUCGGAGGUUUUCGCUGUGGACAUCCAUCCGGGGGCUAGAAUUGGACGGGGGAUAUUGAUCGAUCAUGCCACCGGAAUUGUGAUCGGAGAGACGGCCGUGGUCGGGGACAAUGUGACAAUUUUGCAUAAUGUGACACUAGGGGGUACAGGGAAAGUUUCAGGGGACAGGCAUCCGAAAAUUGGAGAUGGGGUGUUAUUAGGAGCAGGGACUAAAGUUUUGGGGAACAUUAGAAUUGGUGAAGAGGCAAAAAUUGGUGCAGGGUCAGUGGUUUUGAAGGAGGUUCCUCCUAGAAGUACUGCUGUAGGAAAUCCUGCUAGAUUAAUUAAGUAAAUGAAAAGAUUUUGUUAUGGAUAAUUCAAUUUUAAUUUUGAGUUAUUUGAUGAUUAAUUGAAUUCAAAUUUGUUUUCUCAACAAUUUAUUCAUAGAUGUUGGAUGUUUGUCUUGGUAUGAAACGUACAAUGAAAACUAUCAUUAUGAAUGUAACAGAUAUUGUCCGCUUCGACACUACAGGGCCUCACGGUCAGCGUCUACCAAGUAUAGGUGCUCAGCAGAUAUUGUCUGCCUGUCCACUUGGCAUUAUAAGGCCUCACGGUUUGCAUAUAACGAGUAUAGGUGCUCAGCAAAUAUUGUCUGUUCAUCCGCUUUAGCAUUAUAGGGCUUCACAGUCUGCGUUUACCGAGUAUAGGUGCUUAGCAGAUAUUACCCAUCCGUCCAUUUUGGCACUAUAGGGCCUCACAGUCUGCGUUUACCAAGUAUAGGUGCUUAGCAGAUAUUACCCAUCCGUCCAUUUUGGCACUAUAGGGCCUCACGGUCUGUAUCUACUGAGUAUAGGUGUUGAGCAGAUAUUGUAUGUGACUGUCCAUCCGCUUUGGCACCACAGGGCCUCACGGUCCGCGUCUACCGAGUAUGGAUGCUCAUCAAAUAUUGUUUGCUUUGGCACUACAGAGCCUCAUAGUUUUGCUAUUGGGCUUCAAGCCAAAAACGUGUCUAUUGAGUAUAGGCCUAUUAGUCCUAUUUAAACACUCAAUUAUCCUCAUAUAGGAGCGAUGUGAGACUUCAAG